AAUGCAAUUGAAGAAUUCAAUUUAAAAGUGACAGAUGUGGUGGAUAAGGAUAAGCAAAACCCAUCAUAUAAUGUCUGUCCUACCAGAUUCGCUCCAACAUAUAGAACAAAUAAAGACAAUCAAGCUAUUGUCCAAUACAUGAGCUGGGGAUUAAUUCCAUUUUGGACUAAAAAGAAGGCUGAUGCAAACCAAUACAAAACUUUUAAUGCCAGAAAAGAGUCAGUCAUCAAUGGUCAAAGACUUUGGACUCCAGUUCGUAAACAUCAUCGUUGUGCAGUUCCAAUUGAAGGGUAUUACGAAUGGCAACAUAAAAAGGUUGGGCAAACUAAAAAAGUUGACAAAAUUCCAUACUUUUUGAAAAGAAAAGACGGUAAAUUAAUGUUUUUAGCUGGAUUAUAUGACACUGUUGACUUUGAAGAUACUGAAGGUUCCUUUGAUAGUUUCACAAUCAUUACUGGCCCUGCUCCUAAGCAAACCAAAUGGUUACACGAAAGAAUGCCUAUCGUCUUGACACCAGGUACAAAAGAAUGGGAUGCAUGGCUUGAUAAUGAAACAGAGUGGAACGAUACACUGGCUGAUAGUCUUGCUGAGUAUGCUAAGGAUGAUCUUGAAUGGUAUGAAGUUACAAAAGAUGUUGGGAAAGUCACGAAUGAAGGAGAAUACUUAAUCAAGCCUUUGAAAAAGGGUGGAAUUGGUGAUUUCUUCGGUAAA